AUGGAUCGAUGUAUUUACCAUUGUAUCGGAGGACAAGAACUGGAAUACUUGUAUGAUUUUGAGAAAUGGUAUCGCGAGAUGGGAUUAGAAGAUGUGCAGUAUGAGAUCUAUACGAUUCUCGUUGGGGCAAAAGCGGAGAGUGAGAGGAUUAGGGAUAUCAGUAUUGAGAGUUUUGGGCUGACUUGUUAG